AUGAAGUUCUCUUCUGCCAUUCUCAGCACCACCCUCCUGGCUUCUAUUGCCAUCGGAGCUCCUCUGACUGAAAAACGUCAAGCUCGUCACCUGGCCCGUCGUGCUGCGCGCGCCAACAGAGCCAGCCACCCGCCCUACAAGUCCGGAACAAACGAGGUUCUCCACCUUAACGAAACCUCGCAGGAGGAAUACAGCUCCAAUUGGGCAGGUGCUGUAUUAAUCGGUACCAAGUAUACGGCUGUUACGGCUUCCUUUACCGUUCCCACUCCUGAGGUCCCCAGUGGUGGGUCUUCCAAAAAGGAGUACUGUGCCUCUGCGUGGGUUGGUAUCGACGGGGAUACCUGCGAUACCGCUAUUCUUCAAACCGGUAUCGAUUUCUGUGUUCAGGGUAGCUCCGUGUCAUAUGAUGCGUGGUAUGAGUGGUAUCCUGACUAUGCCUAUGAUUUCAGCGGCAUCACCAUCUCCGCUGGGAACACCAUCAAGGUCACUGUUGACGCCACAUCGGAUACUGCUGGCACGGCCACUGUUGAGAAUGUCUCGACUGGAAAGUCCGUGACUCACACCUUCAGUGGAAAUGUGCAGGGCGAUCUGUGUGAAUAUAAUGCCGAGUGGAUCGUUGAGGAUUUUGAGUCCGACGACUCUCUCGUUCCAUUUGCUAACUUUGGAACUGUCACCUUCACCGGUGCUGAGGCUACUGAGAACGGAUCCACUGUUGGCCCUUCAUCUGCAACGAUUAUUGACAUUGAGCAAGAUGGCGAGGUUCUCACUUCCACCUCUGUCACCGAUGACACUGUCACUGUGGAGUAUAUCUAA